AUGGCACGAACCUUUCUCGGAUGGGGCGUGCCAUCUACGCCGACCACGGUCUCAAGUGACCUUGCCAAUCGCCAAGCCCAGCCCCCGAUCAAGCUUCCGGAACUUCGCUCGCCUAGUCCUCCGAGGUCGCUCCCAAGUGUUGACGCCAUCCUUGCCAGUGUCCAGGGCAUCGAGUUCGUCGCCGUGGACGACACCGAGAACAGCCCAGACCCCAGUGGCAUCGCCGUCCACGACUACACUAGCCUCAUACCCUCGCACACGCCGCUGGAGGGUAUUUCGUGGGACGGAACCGACCUGGAAGGAGUAGAAUGGAUCGGCAUGUCCGAGGAAGCAAUGCAGAGCCAGAACGAAGACCUCGAGCAGAAGCUGGGCCGCCUGUGCUCUGACGGUGGCCGGAAACUGAGGGCCAGCCUUGUGGAAAGGUUUGGUGAGUGGGAAAGCAACGGCAACGGCGACGAUGGAUAA